AAUCAGCGAAACUUUUUUUGUUAAUCAUCAAUUCACUUUUGGACGAAAAAAAAACCUAUUGAGAAUAAGAUGAAAUCUUUCACGAUUUUACUUUUGAGCGUUGGAUUUUUUGUCUUAGCCGUGAGUAGUCAAGAAUGCUCCAACGAAGGACAGCGAUGUCGAAGCGAUCGACAAUGUUGCCGAGAUUUACGAUGCAGUGAAAGGGAAAGAAGAUGCGAAAGAAGAGGCGAUGGAGAGGAAUGUCGUCAAGAGGGACAAAGAUGUCGAAAUGAUCGCCAAUGUUGCCGAGAUUUACGAUGCAAUGAAAGGGAAAGAAGAUGCGAAAGAAGAAACGAUGGAGAGGACUGUAAUCGAGAGGGACAGAGAUGUCGAAACGAUCGACAAUGUUGUCGAAAUCUACGAUGCAAUGAAAGAGAAAGAAGAUGUGAAAGAAGACGAAAUGAUGGAGAAGACUGUCAACGAGAGGGUCAAAGAUGCAGAAAUCGUAAUUGUUGUCGAGGUUUGAGAUGUAGUAAUGAACGUUGUAUUCGCCAGGCAGGUUGCGGUUGGUUGGGAGAAAGGUGUGAAGACGACACACAAUGCUGCAAUCUCUUAAGAUGUGAUCGUCGUCAAAGACGUUGUGCUUGAAGAGAUGAAGAUUACUUUUGGAAAAAAUAAUUUUUAACUAGUUACCUUUAUAAAUGAAUUCAAAAUAGUUUUUUUUUCUGUAAUUCUUCUGUAAUUGUAAUGAUUUAUUAUUAUAAACUUGUAAAGGAAUUUUGAAAAUUUGUAUAAAAAAAGUUAAAUAAAUUAUAUCUCAUAAACAAUA